AUGGCUGCCAACGUUGUACCAAAUCAUGUUCCCGACGAGAAAAUCGACGACCUCGAUACAGACAAAGAUUUGGAGCACAUCCAAGAUAAAAAUGAACAUCUAAACAAAGACGUUGAGCGCGGCUCGUCAACGAGCGAAAAAGUGAAUCACGCCGAAGAAAAAGCAGUGGAACCUCGAGACCCAAAUCUGGUAGAUUGGGAUGGUCCCGAUGAUCCAGAAAAUCCAUUAAAUUGGACAAAGGGCAGGAAAGCCAUGAUGACAACCUCUAUAGCACUAAUAACAUUUUUGACUCCCCUAGGUUCUUCAAUGUUCGCUCCGGGGGUACCAGAUGUGAUGAGAGAUUUUGGAUCCAGCAAUGAGUCUCUCGCUGCAUUUAUUGUUUCGGUAUAUCUGCUCGGCUACUGUUUCGGUCCUCUUGCAAUCGCUCCACUCUCUGAGAUGUACGGACGGCAACCGCUCUAUACGAUUUGCAACUUACUUUAUACCAUCUUCAACGUGGCUUGCGCCGUGGCCCCGGAAAUGGGCAGUUUGAUUGUUUUCCGAUUCUUUGCAGGGGUGGCUGGUAGCUGUCCACUGACUCUAGGUGCUGGCUCGCUCGCAGACAUGAUUCCGCAGAACAAACGAGGUGCUGUGAUGGCUGUAUGGGCGAUGGGUCCGUUAUUAGGCCCUGUUAUCGGCCCUGUUGCUGGUGGCUAUCUGACUCAAGCAAAAGGUUGGCGAUGGACUUUUUGGGUCUUAGCAAUAGCGGGCGGUGCCGUAACCAUCUCAUCAUUAUUCUCACUGCGCGAAUCCUACGCCUAUGUCCUUCUUGAUCGCAAGGCUAAAAGACUAAGAAAAGAGACCGGAAACCCCAAUCUGCGUUCAGUGCUAGAUACCGGCAGAUCCCCAAAAGAGCUGUUUCUGUUCUCCAUAGUCCGUCCAACAAAGAUGCUCUUCCUAUCGCCCAUUGUAUUCUUAUUGUCGCUGUACACCGCAGUCAUUUACGGAUAUCUGUAUCUUCUUUUCACCACCAUGACAGACGUCUUUGAGACUCAAUACAAUUUCUCCCAGGGAUCUGUUGGUCUAGCAUAUUUGGGCGUCGGCGUGGGUUCAUUUAUCGGCCUGUUCGUACUUGGCGCUAUAUCGGAUCGUCUGCAACAACGAUUGACUACUUCUAAUGGCGGAGUGCCAAAGCCGGAAUAUCGAUUACCGCCAAUGUUUGUCGGAUCCUGGCUUAUUCCGUUGGCUCUGUUCUGGUAUGGUUGGACGGCAGAGAAGAAGGAUGCUUGGAUACUGCCGAUUAUAGGGACUGCGUUUCUUGGAAUUGGAAUGAUCAUUGCCUUUAUGGCUACAUCAACUUAUCUCGUCGACGCCUACACGAUAUACGCAGCCUCUGCCAUGGCUGCUUAUACCCUGCUUCGCUCGCUUCUAGGUGCACUUCUGCCAUUGGCCGGCGGAAAAAUGUAUCAAACUCUAGGUUUAGGAUGGGGCAAUUCUUUGCUUGGAUUCAUUGCGUUAGCAUUGGCUCCUAUCCCGUUGUUGUUCUACAAAUAUGGAGAGCGGAUACGCAAUAGCAAGUUGUUCAAAGUUGAAUUCUAG